UUCUAAAUGUUAUUUGUCAAGUGACUAGGAAGCGAAACGCUGGAAAUCGACAGCUUAGAACGCUUAAAGAAAGAAUAAUUAUAAAUGGUAAACGUUUCCAACAAAAUAACAGUGUUUGAUAGUGGGUUAUCAUAAUUCUUUUGUGGAGAUUUCCUUUUAACACACCGAUGCUGGUUUUCAACAGAAGUACCACCCCUUGUGAAUGAGAUAGACUGAAGGCGCACGCGACAUUGGCAGUUAAAUCUUGAUGUAGAAGAGAGGAGGGGAGGUUUUUAUUGUUUAUCAACAGUCUGUUAAUUUGGUGUUAGAGGAAAAUUAUAGGUGACAUUUGUCGGAUUUUAACGGGUGCAGGAACACGAUUUAUGUCUUAUCGAGUUUAGGGAAAGCAUGUGGAAAUUGACACUGUUUGGGAUAGUGAUGAAAUCCUGCCUUUGAUUUAUCUUCUAAUAUAAUCCCGUCUUAUGUCAGAUUUACCAUGGAAAUCGACAAGUGUUCAAGUUCAAAUAAAUCGGAGAGGAUGUUGAUUUUGGCGGUCUUGGUGUCUACUGUGGUGACCAUCUCUGCACUAGGUCCCCCAAAGUAUGUCGGUGAUGGAAAGGGGAGACAAAUAGCGAAAGUGAAUCAUACAAAAAAAUUACUGUGUCAGGUGGAGGGUGACCCAUUUCCAUUUAUAGAAUGGAAAAAAGACGGUGAAAGUAUAAAUGAAUUGUGGGAAAACCAUAAAGUACUAAAGGAUGGAUCUUUACGGAUUAAACAGAUAGAAGUGGAGAAUGCUGGGAGAUACGUUUGUAAAGCGACCAAUGGAUUCGGCAGUAUUAGGGUUAAUUAUACGCUAAUUGUUGUUGAUGAAGAAAAAGAUGUAGUGUCUGUGGAUGGAACGCAGGUCUAUGCCAAGUCACAUGAAGAAGAUCUCACCAAGGAAGGAGCAUCACCUCGGUUUACCAACCCAGAGAAGAUGAAGAGACAGAAGAUCACCAGACCGGUUAACAGCUCGCUACGGCUCCGGUGCAAAGCAACAGGAAACCCGCGACCUCAGAUAACAUGGAUGAAGGACAACCACGAGCUGUACCAACAUGACGGGGGACGUAAAUCCUCCUGGAUUCUCCGGCUUCCUGAUUUACAACAGACAGACUCCGGACACUAUACCUGUGUUGUUAGGAAUCGUCUUGGGUCUAUAAACUUUACCUACCAUAUUGAAGUCAUUGAUAAAAUUAUGGCCAAGCCUGAGUUACUGGCACCACACCCUCUCAACACGACUGUGAAGAUUGGAGAAAGUGCUCAGCUCCAGUGUAGGAUCAACAGUGAGAUGGAACCACAUAUUCAGUGGCUGAAGAGAGUUGAUGACCCUAAAUUCAUGUCAAACAACUCUAUAAAGCUGAAAGGUCAACCCUUCAUCAUCCUGAAAACGAGCGAAAUCGGGAGUGGAUCUGAUGGCACGUAUCUCAAUAAAUUUGUGAUUCAUCAUGUAACGGAAGCUGAUGGUGGAAUGUAUAUCUGUCUGGCGGCCAACACAAUGGGCUUCAGUUGGCGUAGUGCACAUCUUAUUGUUCAAUCUAAUCACCCUCAGAACCAAUAUGCCUACACCAUCGAUCGCAGUAACCUGAAUAUUCCUCUCGUUGUUGGUGUACCGGGAGGAAUCCUUCUUGUUGUAAUAAUCAUUGCGUUCCUUUUCUUCCAACGCAGACGACGGGCUCAGUACCACCAAGGGGCAGUUGUGAAUGGUCCUCAUUUCAAUAGAGUACCCACGCAGGACCCAGAGCCGUAUCUGGGGGCUGCACACACAAAUGAUGUCAAAACAAACAUUCAUGUGAAUCCCAUUCAUGGACCACAACACAAAAACUUGUAUGCGGGCGUGCCUAGCCCUCAUCUUAUAGUGUCAAGUCGAGAGAUGUUAUCUAAAAAUAGUCAGAGUAUAGACUUUUACACAGACAUUUCGUCCGUUUCACAGAGUCAUCAUAACCCACAUCAUCACAUGCAGCAGUAUUCCUAUAAUGGACCCUGAACACACAAUCAGGAGUUCUGAAAAUACCUCACUUCCUUUGUUUGACUUCAAACAACUCACAGGAUUUUGUAUUCUAUGUGGAACAAUUAGUCAUUCUGAUAUGUUGAGAAAAGCUCUGCAGUUAUGAAAGACUACCUGUGAUUGGAUAAAACAUUUCAUUGAUACAAAGAAACCUGUGAUACAAACUUCAAGUCACUGACCAACUGGUGCUGUUACUCAGGUGUGUUUGGGUGGAAAUACUUGGUACAGCAAUGGGCACAAAAUGUGCUCCUUAUGCUACCCAACUGAUUUGUGAAAUUGACACAAAAAUCUAUAUGACACAAUACUAUGCUUGAUACUGCAUUCUGUGAUAAUAGAUAGGGCCAUUAAGGGAGAAAGUAUACCAAAGAUUUCCAUUGUCUUGGUGUAGACCUGAGAGAAAAACCCAGACAUUGCAUUUUUCUAUGAAGCAAGUAAAUAACUUCAAUCAGAUGUCCAAUCAAGCAUUAUGCCAGUCUGAGAAUAAAAGGAGAAUGUAUGAAUACUUCAUAAGCUGUGUAGAUAGUUUGUGUAUGUAUGAAUGAUUGAUCAGCAGCCUAGAUAGUUUGUUGUAUGUAUGGAUACAUGGUAAGAUGUGUAGAUAGUUUGUUGUAUAACUGGAUACUUGUUCAGCUAUACAGAUGAUUUUUUUUGUAUAUAUGGAUACUUUCUUGCUUGUCUGGAUACUUGAUAUAGUCAGUUUGGAUGUGGUAUGUGUGCUUGGGUUGUGCAAGGUUUUGUAUGUUGUGAUAAUGAAAGACUGUCCAUAAAGAAGUUUUUUUUUUUUGCAAGAGUGCAAUCUUUAUUCUUAAUGAUCUUGGGUGUGUAUGGGAGAUUGUUUCUUUGUAGAUAUUCUACAAAAUGAUUGUUGUUUAAUUAAUCACCAAAACUGUUUUUGUAAUAAGACAGAACGAGACAUAAGAUAUAUACAGAUGUUUCUAAGUGCUCUUUUUAUACACCUCACAAAUCUACACACCUGUAAUUUUUACUCUUUUGUUUACAAUUUACAAGCCCUUUAUAUUACCUAUUUGUAUCAAGACAAAUAUUGUUACAGUGUAUAAUGUCUGGAAUUUCUGUUUUUAAAUAAUAAGGGAUAUUCGUUUCUUUGGAAUGGGGUCAUUUGAGGAAAUUUUGUCAGAGAAGCCUGAUUUAUGAUGACAGCUCUUCUGUACCUUGAUACCAGGUUUACUAUUAUCAAUUGUUCCUUUUGAGUUCAGAUUUUACAGGAAAAUCCCAGCUGACUUAAGACUUCAUGUUUUAUUAAACUUCUUGUCAGUUAUGGUGGUUGUAAAUUUUGUUUUGGACAUAUUAACUCUGGACAUGGUAUUUUUUGGGAAAUUGUUUUGGAAGCUUUCUGAUCUUGUGUUUUUUAAAAAUAUAAAGGAAUUAUCUGCUGAGUUGUGGACUCAUUGAAUAUAAUUACAUACUGUACAAUACACUAAAUUGUCUUAAGUUUAUUUUUGCAUCAAAUAAGGGCAUAAUAUUACACACUCUAUAACUUUCCAAACAAGAUGUAAACGAGUUUUUUGUAGUUUCUUUGCAAAUCCCCCCUUUCCUGGAAAUGUAUGUUAAUUUUAACAUUUAAAUUCUUAUUAAAACUGAAAUACUUUUUGAUAAAAAAUCUAUCUUAAGAAAAGGCAGCAAAAAACUUCAGCUCUGACGGAAUAUAUUUUUUUGCUUUCAUAAAUUUCCUCCCAAAAAGGGUAGAGGUUAGAGUUUCAUGUCGCUGGCAGUUUUGAAUUUGUGCAUCACAUUAUUUGAGAUUUUAAAUAUUUCCCAUUUCAAUAGCCCCAGGUAGGGUAAAAAUAUGUUUUUUCUACAAUAUCUAGUUAUUUGGUAAUUGUUUUGUUAUGUAUAUCAAAAUGUUUUGUUAAAGCAUUGUGUAUACGAAGAGAUACAACUCUUGCAAAAUGUUUCUUUUUCUUUUCUUUUCUUUUUUUUGAACAGGGUAAAAUUUGUUCAUAAUAUGUUGUACACAAGUACCAGUAAAAAUAUAAUU